CACCUAAGAUCAAGAUCAAGAUUACCCUCCUGAUCCGCCGCCAUUACAUGAGGACAGUAACAGCUUGCGGUCUUCAAAGCUUCCUUCUUCCCAUAUCAGGAGUGUCUUGUGAAAUGACCCAGGAAAUGAAGAAUGGCUGGAGUGUGCCUGUGAAGAAGACACUGAAUUACAAAACAGUCAUAGAGGUUUUCUGUUUCCCGCCCUUCAAGUUGCUACUACUACUACUACUACUACUACUACUACUAUUAAUAAUGAGGAGCCUCGCUGUGUGGGCCAGGACAAUGACAGCACCUACACUAUCCUGGACCUCUGCUACUACUACUACUACUAUUACUGCUACUACUACCACUGCUACCAACACUGGCCUCUAUGUUGGCCUGGUGUUUGGGUUAAUUUUGUGUCUAAUGUUUGUGGCAACACUGUUCUUCCUUAGACGGAGACAGAGAAGAGGAGGGGGGAAGGAGCAGCCUGGAGGAGGAGGAGGAGGAGGAGGAGGGGGUUAGAGGCCGCCCCUGCCUCCACCAAUGACAUGAAAUCUGAGGUCAACCAUUCCAUGACCUAUUCCAGCAUUACUGACCCUACUACUGGAACCAACAUGGCUGCAAGUAUAAAUGAUGUCAUUCACCUACGGUCGUCUGCUGGUCACCCAGCCAGCCAUUACCCUAUGGAAAGAGCUCAGAGCUUAUAGUGACCGAUCUUUGGGUAGGACUGAGACCACUCACACACCACACACCAGGACAGCGAGGUGAUGUUCGUGGCCUCCCCAGCUUCAGAAUCGGUCCUUGGGCAGCGUGGACAUCUCAGACUCGUGAAGGAACUGCAUCUCCUGCAGCUCCAUCAGCUUGCCGUGAUCCUUGAUGUGGGCAUAGUUGGCAGCAAGACACAUCAGAUAGUGCACCUGUGGGAGAGCAAUAAGAAAUUAGAAUUGACUGAGAAACCAGAAAAGGGACUGCACUUGAAAAAGCACAAGAACCAAGAAAUUACAUCAUUAAAUGAAAUGACAACAAAUCUAAAGCAGGAGGCGUUGCAGAAAGAGCGCGAGAUCACUGUGUUGUGGGAGAAGACAGAGUCCCUUAGUGGUCAGCUGGUGACGGUCCACAACCACAGCCACUUUGAAGAGAAUGGCCUGAGCCACGACCACCUUGCUCAAGAAAAUAUCACGUUGACAGAGCUGAUUAAACAACUAGAAGAUAAGCUCAAACUUUCAAAGAUAGAAAUCAAAGACGUCACAAGACAGAAUAGUGAGCUGCAUGCACUUAUCACAGAGUAUAAAGUCACUCCCUCAGAGGAAAAAGACAAGGAUGGCACCUCUUCAUGUGAGAACUCAGAAGCUAAAUGUACAGAUACCAAGGGGAAAUUGCUGGGUCAAGUGGCUACACUGACAUCUGAGGUUAGCAGGUUGGAGAGUGAGUGCAGCAGUCUUCAGGUUCAGCUAGACUGUGAGAGGGAUAAGUAUAACAAACUGCUGGGAGAAUCUCUUGCUCAUGAAAAGUUGUCUGAAGAUGUCAUAACUGAACCAAAAGGUGACUACAUCACCAUCUACCAGUUGCAGCGAGGAGUGAUGAAGCAGCAAGCUCGAGAACGCCAGUUAGACCUUGCCAGCCUCCAUCAUGAAUGAGAGGAAAUGAAGCAAAACCACUCAGCAGGAUUUGAUAUCAAAGCUGGUGCAGGAAAAGGAAGCAGAUCAUGACCUUGAGCAGCUCGAGAAGAUAAGCAGCGUCCUUAAGAGUUCAGUUGCUAUCAUUAGCAGUGUUGGAACCAGUGAGUCUGAGACACCCACCAGCAGUGGAAAGGUGGCUGACGAGCGCCUCAAGCACUCUGAAAAGGUGGAGCAACAACAAGAAACAGAAAAUUGCAUCCAUCAUUCUUUGCCUGAGGAGGGAAUUGAUGCUCUGUUGACCCUUCACACUGAUGUCCCUCAUGAGGAGGGAGAAUAUGAAUCCUACAGAACUUGCCCAUAGAAAGACCAAAACUGUUACUGCUGCCACACUGCCACCACUUCCACUGACACCAAAAGCCCAACUGUGCAGAGAAUCCUGGACCUCCGCAAUGAAAUGGAGUCCACCAGUCACCUGGAGCACUUUAGCCUCCAAAAGUUCCAUCCGUGUCCAUUGUGUUUGGGUAAACUUAUCACUGUAUAAGGGGACAAGUAUCAGUGUAUGGUUACUAUAUACUCAUUUGUACUUAAAGAUGUCAUGUCACAUCAUUCUCUCUCUCUCUCUCUCUCUCUCUCUCUCUCUCUCUCUCUCUCUCUCUCUCUCUCUCUCUCUCUCUCUCUCUCUCUCUCUCUCUCUCUCUCUCUCUCUCUCUCUCUCUCUCUCUCUCUCUCUUUCUUUCUUUCUUUCUUUCUUUCUUUCUUUUGUUGCAUAUUUUACUGCUUUACAUUCCUCCCCACAGUAUUUUUUCAUGUACUUUAUGACUGCAGUAGUUUUAUCAUCCCAGUGUAUGCCGUAUCCACUCUGAAACUGUAAUUCACCAAUCAGCUCAAAUGUGUCUCAGUUUUGAUAAUCAUUAAUUUGUUUCAGCUACACAACCACUCUGAUAAGGGACAAAAUCUACUUCACCAGUCAUCUAUGUCAUACAGUCAUAUAUAUUCAUACAUAUGACAAAAUACUCUUCCUAAGACAUUUCUUAUUUUCUCUUCUCAAGUGACCUGUCCAUCUAUCUAAGGUACCACAUAACAUUUAAAACUUACAAUAUUGCAUUUAAUUCAUGAACACUUUUUUGUCUAUCUAUGUAGACUUGAAAUUGUAUUGCGUAUAGACUUGAAAUGUAUUGGGAGUUUUCUCUAUCUCUCAUUCUAUACCUAACACCUGUUCCUAAGAAUCCCCAGGUGAUAGCCAUGGUGACUGGCUGGUCUCCUACUGAGUGGCUGGGGUUUUCCAAAAGUGAGGGUUGGUGUUCUAUACCAUACCAUGUGCCCUGUUUGUAUUCCUUCUCUAUCCUCUGUAUUAUAUUCUAUGUAAAGAUGGUGCUGGGGUGGGAUCUACUUCUUAUUCCCUAAAAGUGAUGAGGAGUGACACUGGGCAGCAUUGAUUUGCUCCUUAGAGAUGGCUGGGUUCCUGUGGAUGAGUGGGCCAUGCUGUGCUUUGUCAAGGAUGGUGUUUGGUAUUGUGAUGACUCUUGCCACAAUCAAGUGUCUCCCACAGAGUAGUGGAGUACCUAUGAAUGGUGUUGACCCAAGCUGUCCAGGUCUCAUCCAAUGCCUUAAUAUGAUAAUUUAGAUGAUCAAAAUGGUUUAACUCACCAUUUAAUCAGCUGACUGAUUUGAAUGGAGAAGUAUGUAAUGUGUUGUAGCCUAACCAUCCCUGCCAGCAUGGUCAGACUCUUGGUAGUAACCUGAAAUGCUCCUAGGUAGUGAGUAUCAUUGCACAUAAUGAUCUUUACUUUGUCAGUAAUUCAAUGAUACUGAAUAUUACUCUACUGGAUUUUGCUCAGCACUGCUUGGUAACUUUUGGCCAUAAUCCCAGGUCUGGAAUGAUAUGAAGCCAUGUUUUUACAUUCCAUAUGAGACAGGCAAGCACUAUGCUUUGCCUGACUGAUACCUCUACUUUGCAUUUAUGACCCCAGGUAGUUCAUCUCUCUCUCUCUCUCUCUCUCUCUCUCUCUCUCUCUCUCUCUCUCUCUCUCUCUCUCUCUCUCUCUCUCUCUCUCUCUCUCUCUCUCUCUCUCUCUCUCUCUCUCUCUCUCUCUCUCUCUCUCUCUCUCUCUCUCUCUCUCUCUCUCUGUUUGGAAUUAUACUGUAUAUUAGGAAAUGUCAUUAAAGAGUGUGUGUGUGUGUGUGUGUGUGUGUAAAAAGUGUUUGCAUUAUUGUGCAUUUGAUGUUAUAGCCCCAGGUUCUUAAAGUUUUCUGGUUUUAUGAUUUAUAAAGAUUGCUAUUUUUAAUAAAGUUAUUGAAAUUGUUAUUGAGUGUUUGUAUUGAACUCAUUAGCUUUGUAAUAGUGUGCGUCUCAUCAUGCAUUCAUUAAUGAUGUAGAGUGGAAAUGUCCACUCCUAUCAUGCAUAAUAUCAAUGCAUUAUUGGUUUAUGUUGUUAUUUGUGUAUAAAUUGUAAAGUUAUGCCAGUCUAUUUUAGUACAAACUAAAUAUCAGCUGGAAGAGAGGACAGGUAAUGGCACACUAAAACACAGGAAGGGACAAUGAUAUAACCAUCCAAUUUAACAAUACACAGAGCAAGAAGAAUGAGAAAGCAAUAAAAAUGGAUUAUUUAA